AAGUAAAUCUUAAUGACUUUCUAUUACCAGAAGAAAUAAAAAACACUACCAAUCCUAUUCCAACCUUAGAAUCAGAAAUAGAAGACACUACCAAUCUUAAUUCGACUGUAGAACCAGAAAUUGAAAACUUAGAAGACUCUAUAACUAUCCUCCUAACUGAU